AAACUCAUCAUCGUCACUAUAUAUACGUGUGUAUGUUGCUCACACACUUCUGCUCCAUAUCUUACAUUGACGAGGCUUCUCGUUCUUCCGCUCGCUCUUCCUUUUCCCACGAUCGAUCGGUCGUUCGCUCGUGUCGCGUUUCGCGUACCGGAAGGAGUUUCGGCCGUCGAUCGCCUUCUGGGUGUGCCGUGGUGGUGGUGGUGUUACGGGAGGUGAUGGAUCUUGAGUACCCAGAAGAGUUCUCGGGCGGUAGCCGCGAUCGUCAUUCGCAGGUGGCCGAAAAGGGUAAGCGCGCGAAGCGCCAGAGGCCGGCAUCCCCGAGCGGCGGCGGCGGGGGCGCGGCCUCCAUGACCUCUUGCUCGUCCAGCGGCGGCGGAGGCGGAGGAGGAGGCGGAGGAGGAGGAGGGGAUGCCAGCUCGGCUUUGUCCCCGUCGUCUUCCGGCAAUAACGUCGUGUACUCGAGCGCGGAGGAAGAAGAGGAGGACAUGGCGAAUUGCCUUAUUCUGUUGGCGCAAGGCGAUGUCCGUCCGAGGCGGGUUGACUGCAGCCACGAUGGCGGCAAGAUGGGAGUUUUCAGCAGCAAGAAGUUCGCCGAGGUGGUUGCCGCCACUGCCGCGGCGGUGGCCACCACGAGGGCCGGUUUCUAUGUCUACGAGUGCAAGACUUGCAGCCGCGUGUUCCCGUCGUUUCAAGCGCUCGGAGGGCACCGAGCCAGCCACAAGAAGCCCAAGUCCAUGGUCGAUCAUGAUCAGAAGAUCAAGCCGUCCACGGCGGCGGUCGUGGGAUCGGACGCCAAAGAAGACGAGGGCGGCGAGGGGCGGUUCGGUAAAAUCAGCCCGCCCCUCUCCAUCCCCAUGGCCAACCACAAGGGUCUUCAUCAAGUGAGCAACAAGCACAAGGUCCACGAGUGCAGCAUAUGCGGGUCGGAGUUCGCGUCGGGUCAGGCCUUGGGCGGCCACAUGAGGCGGCACAGAUCCGCUCCGACGAUGGCCUCGAGCGCCAACGCGACGACGACGACGAGCCUGACCGAUUCGCCGGUGGCAACAGCCACCGUCGUCAGCGGCGGCGAGAAGUCCCGCAACGUCCUCUCUCUGGAUCUGAACCUGCCGGCGCCGCCAGAGGACGAUCACCACCAUCAAGCGCACCGUCGCCGCGAGACCUCAAAGUUCCAAUUCGCCACGAGUCAACAGCCGAUCAUACUAGCAUCGCCCGCCUUGGUCGAUUGCCACUACUGAAAAAAGAAAAGAAAAACCACUUCACAUAUCCAUCAAUGUACACGAAACUAUGUUCAUAUUCAUGUCAAUUCGAUUCAUAUACCCUUAUCAUAAUUUGGCCCAAAUGGAUUGAUAAGUCUUUUCUUAUGGUCAUCUAAUCCAAAUUAUGUAUAGUCAAUGGCUCCAUGUCUAUAUCUGCAAGCAUGCCACUGAUGGAGUAAGCCGAACACUUUGAGUGAGUGAGUGGGUUUAGUGUUCAUGGUUGCCAUUGAUUCAAGAAAAGUCGAGUGAUUGUUGGGGGUGGCAUCUUCCUUUGCCCUUUCCCUUUCCAAUCCAAUCUUUUUCUCCUUA